AUGACAGCGAGAGUGUCAACAGCACUGCGACACAUGAAAGAUGAUGAGCAUGAUUUUACCCCCGUGCUUCAAGCUCAAGUCCACAACGGAAGGCGACAGGGGGUGGCGCAAAGCAUGGCAGAGCUAGCAGCUAAUGGCAUAGGAAGCAUCAUCGCAGGUACAGACACAACCGGCGUGGCUCUUGCCAUUGGCAUGCGGUCGAUAUACCUCGAUGAAGCAAUUCGCUCGCGCCUACAUGCUGAGCUGAAGACCAUCUGGGAGACCGAGAGCAAUCACCCCACCCUCCCAACCCUUGAAAACUUACCCUAUCUCCGUGCAUGCGUCCGCGAAUGCCUUCGAUUCUCGAGCCCGAUCAGCGGACGCCUACCUCGCAUCACGCCACAAGGAGGCCUCGACUUUGCCGGGUAUUACAUCCCCGAAGGCACCACAGUUUCAUCGGCGGUCUACCUCAUGCACUACGACGAAGAGAUCUUUCCUGAACCCUUCAGAUUCAAUCCUGAACGAUGGCUGGCGUCCGUGGGCCGCGAUACCUCCAGACAAGAGCAGUGUCUCGUGCCCUUCUCGACCGGUUCUCGCGGAUGCAUUGGGCUGAAUAUCGCCCAGGCCGAGAUAUACAUCUGUCUAGCGACCAUGGUGAGAUGGUUGAAGGGAUCGCGUGUACUUGACUCGGAUCUCAAGACGCUGGUGCAAUUCACUCGUUCCGUGCCGGGAGGUUUGAAGGUUGAACUUGUCGAGGCAGAGUGA